AUGUCGUGCGCAGUGCACCCGUUGUCGCCUUGUUGGAGGGCACGAGUAUGGCCCUGUGGGACAGGGGUUUUGAGGGAAGGCGGUAAACGGUAUGACGAGUCUUGGUCCAUGGAUUUUGCGCGUUGUAACUUAGAUGGUGGAUUUGUCGGAGAUGUUGGCUUGGGAUUGUAUAGCGAGGCUGCAACAUACGGAUGGAGUAAAGCGGGAGUGAGUCGUGACAGCAAAGAGUUAAAGGCGGGGCGUGGCGAGUCUGUUGUUGUAAGGUGGUGCGCAGACGGCAGAUUGCAUGCUUCCCCUCGAGGGUUUUAUCUCAGGAGCUUGUUGCAAUUCAGCCAAAGGAAUAUCGAGAUGUUUUGUAGCAGGGCUCGUGAAGCACGUACAUCUGUACAGUAUUCCGCAUAUGUCUUCUUUAAAUCUCAGCACGUGCUCGUAAGACAACGCAAUUUGUCUACAUCGCUCGGGCCGAAGCCCUCAACAAGUUCCUAUCGCAUACCCUCUUCGCACAUUCUCGGCGCAGGGUCUUGGAGUCCCGUCGACUAA